AUGCCGCAUGAUAAAUUAAUGACUUUAUCAGAUGCAGCAAAUCGUGCAUUUUAUGAUGGAAAUUUUGAAAAAGCUUUAACACUUUAUAAUGAAGCAAUUCAAUUACAUCCCACUAAUUUUAUUCUCUAUUCCAAUCGUUCUGCCAUCUUUCUUCGUUUGAAAUGUUUCCGUAAAUCAUUGGAUGAUGCCAAGCAAUCAUUAGCAUUAAAUCCGAAAUGGGCCAAGGGUUAUUUCCGGAAAGGCGAUGCUUUACGCGGUAUUGGAAAAUUUGACAAAGCAAUUUUUGCAUAUUGCCAAAGUUUAGUAAUUGAAAAUAGAAUUGAAACAGUGAAGGCAUUAAAAAAUAGCUUAUAUUACAGCUCAAUCAAAGAUCAUUUAUCAGUUUUACUGAAUGAAAUUGGAAAUGAUAUGAAUGGAGUGAAAUUGGAUUCAUUCUUAAUUAUUAGCAUAAUUGGUCAAGAAUAUUUGACCACUGGCCAUAUAACAGUGGCAAUUGCAUUGCUUCAAUUAGCAUUAGAUAUGGAUGAAGCCAAAAUGGCACCAUUAGAUUUAAAGCUAUCAGUAAUUGGUGCUAUUUCAUUUGCAUAUUAUCAACAGAAAAAUUAUCAACUAGCAAUCAAAUAUUUAGAAAUGCAACUUGAAAUAAGUAAGCAACUUGAUGAAUUCGAGAAACAAUUAACGAUUUACAAUAGUAUCGUACGAAUAGCAUUACUGAACGAUGAAACUAUGCUUGCAAUUAAUUAUCUUCAAAAGCAAAUUCAAUUAAUGAAUUCUAAUGACAUGGAAGCAAACGAUUUUCGGCUCAAUCUUGCUGAUUUAUACAUUCAACUUGGUAAUUAUCAAUAUGCGGCACAAAUUAUUGCAUCAUGCGGACCUCUAACAUUUAGAAGUAUUCUCGGAAUUGUAAAGCUUGCAUUAGCUAAGGGUGAUGGUGAAGCAGCAUUAGCCUACUGCAAUAGAUUAGCAGAGAUAGGCAAGGGAACAGAUGAGAAAACUUUGGCAAUAUUGUUGAAAUGCAAAUGUCUUUUACUUCGGAAGGAAGCAAUAAUUGCUUUGAAUAUCUUACAAAAGACAAUGACAUAUUUUGAAGAUAACAAAACAACAGCGGAAAAUAUUGGCGAGUAUUUUGGCAUUUUAAGCGAAUGUCACUUGGCUAUAGGACAAUAUUGUAUGGCAAGAACAUGGGCCAAAAAAGAGCUGAAAAUAGCAACCAGCAGAAGGUCAUUGAAGCUCGAAGCUGAUGCAUUAAGGAAUUUAUCGAAUAUUUAUCAAGCAAUCGAUGAUUAUUCGAAUGCUGCAAUUCUAUGGGAAAAAUAUUGCUGCCUUAUUUCUGAUCAAGGCGUUGAUAUUCGUUUUAAUGGUUUGCGUAGAUUAGCCGAAUUAUAUCAAAAAUCAAAUCGAUUUGACCAGGCUGAAAUGGCAUUAUUGGAAAAUUCAAAACUUGCACAGAAAAUUGGUGCUUAUGCAUUAAUUAUCGAUGUACACAGCGACUUGUAUCAGUUUUACCGAUUAAUGCAUAGGAAGGAUGAAGCGCAAAAACAUUGGAAUGAAGCACAACAAACAUAUUUGAAGCAUAAAGUGGAAGAACGACAAGCGUUAAUUAUUGAAAUGAGCGGCGAUAAUUAUUUUGAUUGCAAUUCAUUUGAAGAAGCGAUCGAUGCAUACAAUCGUUGCUUAAUGGUAGUGCAAGAAGAUGACAAUCUUCAAAAAGAAGCUAAACUAUGCAAUAAAUUGGGCAAAACACAUUGGUUAUUAUAUCAUCCGGACGAAGCAUUAGCAUAUUAUCGGCAAUCACUAAGUGUAUGUCAACAACUGUCCGAUUUGGAAGGUAUGUUGGAAUUAUACAAUGCAAUGGCAAAUAUUCAUUUCAAGAAAGGAAUGAUGGAUAUGUGUCAUUCAUGUUUGAGAUGUUACCUGACACUUGCUGGCAUAUUAUCAAAAGAUACAGCUCGUUUGAAUGCAUUCAUAUCAAUUGGACGUACAUUAUUACUACGUCAACGAUAUACAGAAGCAAAAAAAAUAUUUACUAAAGCAUUAAAUUUAACGACUGAGACGAAUUAUCGACGUGAACGUGGCCUAAUAUACGGUUAUAUGGCAGAAUGCUAUCUUGGAAUAGGUGAAAAAUCGAAGGCAUUAGUCAAUUUUUGUAAACAAAUUCCAUUUUUUGAUGAUAUCGAUGAUAUCGAAGGGAAGUGUGAGACACUGAGACAUCUGAUCGAAGAAAAACAAUUGAUUAAAGAUGUUAAUUGGACCAUGCGACUCUGCAGCAAUCGAAUUCAAUUGUCACAAAUGGGAUCUAUUGAUUUACAGGUUGAAGUUUUGAAACAAUCAGCAGAAAUAGCAACAAAUUUAUCGAAAUUAUGGGAAGCAUGCAAAUUUUUAGAGAAAGCAGUAAUACUAUGUAUUGCUAAUAAAUGCGGCGAUAUUUUAAAUUUGUUAUUAAAUUUGAAAAAUAAAUAUUUGAAAUGUAAUGCAAGGAAACGAGCUAUAAUGCUAUUUCAAGAAUGCUUAAAUGCAAUGGGGGAUCAUUCAAAUGAGCAACAUUUAAUAUUGUUCGAACUUGGCAAAUUGGAAUUGGAAGAAGGUUUCAUAAGUAAUACAAUUACUCAUAUUACGGAUGUAAAGGAAAAUUGCCGAGAUAAGAAUUUGAAGGCCACAUGCGAAUAUAUCCUUGCAUGCGCUUACUACGAUGAUAGAAAUUAUAAAGAAGCUUUGUAUCAUAUGCAAAAUUUUGAAAAUUUGCAAAAAAACUUAUCAACAAAUCGAAAAGAAAUGCUUAAAUUAGAGCUUUUAUUGAUUGAAUGGAAUUGCAGUGCUUCAGAUUAUAUAAUUGAAGCAAUACAAGAUAUUGCUAUGAGGACUGAUUCAUUGGUCAUUCAUCGAAUUUUGGACGAAUCAUGCUUGUAUGAUCUAUUAAAUCAUGAGAAUUUAUCAAAAAUAGCAGCAAUACAUUGGAUGAUGACAAGAGGUGAUUUUAUCACUGCAAAACAUUUCUUUGAUUUGUAUAAAAAUACUUAUCAAAAUAAUGCAGAAUAUACCGCUGAUAUUGCGUUAUUUUAUUGGAAUGAACAAAAAUUUGAGGAAUGUGCCAACUUUUUGGAAGAAUAUUUAAGCCAUUAUUUCGAGAAAGAUACAGUAGAGGAAUUUAAUGAAUUAUCAUUGAUACGCAUUUAUAGCCGUCAACAAAUAAUUAUCAAUUUUCUUCAUAUAAUGUUAAUUUUAUGCAAAUAUAUGCUACACGCAAAUACUGUAGAAACUAUUACGAUAGCUGAGAGUAAAUUUUGGCGCGAUUGUCGUAAAAGGAAGUUACCCGUUGGAUACAGUAUUCCAACUAUACAAGCUAUUCAGGAAUACAUUGAAGAGUUGAAGAAGAGUUUACUGUAUUGCUUACAUGUAGAUCGUUAUAAGUUGGUAUGGUAUUUUGAAGUUGGCCAAAUUGGCAAAUUGUACUACUUUCUUGAUAAUGCUACCAGAAGCAAAAUGCCAAUAUUUUUUGCGCAAUUUUUGGAUCAAAUGCUUCACACCAUUGACACUAUCCCGGCUUUGACUGAUGACGAAUUCGAGAAGUUAGUAUCAGAAUCGGAAUUACUGGUGAAUGUGAAACAUGCUCUCGAUAUCAACAAGACACAUCUGGUUGCACUCAAUGAACCAAAAUAUAAAAAAAACCGGAAAGACCCUGAAAUUGGGAUAUUUUAUGCAGGAAUUGAUUCUGCAAUUAUUUCAUGGGAACAUAUCUGUCCAAAUGGUAAAACUGAUUUCAUUUAUAAAAUACAGGUAUCUUCAUUAGUAAUUAUCGAUUUCACAAAAAUGUCUUUUGAUACUGAUAAUGUUAUCAAUUCUUCCUCCGAUAACGACAUUGUCAUUUUACUAAAUAAUGAAACAGAUGACACAAUUAUCAAUUUUCGGAUUGCUAAUGCACAUUGUUUAUUGGAUAUCAAGGGGCAAACCAUCCAAUCAUUAAUGCCAUUUCUUGAAAAGCUUAUUAAUGGGUAUUCGGUGGAAGAAUGCUCAGAACUUUUACAAUCCAUUAAUGUACGAUUGUUUGGCGAUCGUUCUUCCAAAGUUCGUCCUGGUCGAGCGCAGUGUAUCAGAAAGAUAAUUGUUGAUAUGGAAGGUGGAUUGGUCGAAAAUUUAGCAAUUAGUAUGAAUAAUCAAAUAGAAAUUGACAAUUUUAAAGGAUUACCAACAAAAGUACAACUUUACUUGUUGGAUAUGAUAAAACAACAAAUGAAAACAAAUGAAAUCCAAUUAUUUGUGGAGAAAUUAGAGGACCUCUAUGAUCAUUGCAAACAUAUCACACUAUCAGAUCAUUGUGAAGUCGAUGAUUAUUUGCAAGAAACAUUUAUUCGGAGAACACAUGAUGAACAGAAUUUUAUUCUAAAAUUUAUCAAACAUCUUUUCCGAGAUCAUCUUUAUGGUAUGUAUGACGAUUUACAAACUUCGGAAGUAGAUAAUCUCAACAAAUUGAUGAAAUCGUUAGCAAAUAACGUUCGUGUAAGAAGAAAAAAACAACGGGGGAAAUUGAAAUCACGAGGAUAUCAUUCGGAAGGAGAAAGCUCUUGUCGCAGUUCUAUGUCGGAAAAUACUGAUUCAGAAGCAGUUAUUGUUGAUGUUGAAUUUCAAGAAUCUGAAUAA